UCCCUGUUCUGAUCCAAAAGUUCUCGCGUAAGGUGACGGCUCGACUAUCCUAUUGUCUUCUCGAGAGAGAGAGAGAGAGAGAUGGGCGGCGAGGGUGUGAGCGUGACCGCCGUUGCAGCUGCUGCGGCCGCCUCCACUCUUCCUCUCCACAGCGUGUUCGUGUACGGGAGUCUGCUCGCCGAUGAGGUGGUGCAAGUCCUCCUCAAGCGCGUGCCCUCCUCCUCUCCUGCCGUCCUUCAUCACCACCACAGGUUUAGUAUUAAGGGGCGUGUUUAUCCAGCAAUUCUGCCUGUAGAGAAUAAAAAAGUUGCAGGAAAGGUUCUUCUAGGAAUUACAGAUCGCGAGUUAGAUGUCCUAGAUACAUUUGAAGAUGUGGAGUAUGAGAGAAGAGCUGUUGAAGUCUCACUGGCUGAUACAGCAGAGAAAUUACUUGCUGAUACAUAUGUUUGGGGUGACAACGAUGACCCUAACUUGCAUGGUGACUGGGAUUUUGAGGAAUGGAAGCGAUUGCACAUGAAGGAUUUUCUUGCAAUGACAAUGGGUUUUAUGGAGGAGCUGGAACAACCUGAAUCAAAGACAAGGGUGGCCACAUAUGAAUCUUAUUUUCAGCAGGGAUGAGAUAAAUUAUUAUUUGCGUUCAGAAGUAUUUUGGUAUCAAUUCUAUUCUUUUUAUGGAAUAACCGAUAAGUUUGAAGAAGACAACCGCUUCAUCCUUACUAAUCUGCUAAGUUAUUUCAGUCUUAAUCUGUUUUUUAAUUGAAAAUUAUGUUACCGAUGCAUCAUUAUUAUGUCAUGCAGCUUAUCUGCUAUUAGGCAA